AUGGCUAGCGACGAGCUAGUUGGAAGGAUCCAUAGUCUAACCCUUGAGCAAAGUGGGGGCCAAAACCAGGCCCAUACCGCAUCUCCUCCGACAAACAGCCGCACUGCUUUCCCGAAGGAGAAUGUCAAUAACCUUGUCUUGUACGUCAGCGCCACGGUUUCUCAUGCGCAAGCAAUUGGGACUGCAACCAGGCAUAUGGAGGACUUUGAGAUCGGAUCCAUGUCCGACGUAUGUUUACUCUAUGAGCAAGCUAAAAGGCUUAUAGAGGUCCAAUCCAGACUCGAAAAUGCAAUAAAAGCAAUUUUAGAAUCGCCAGAAAGCUCGGUUGUUAACCAUCUUAAGUCCCUUGGUCAAAACGAAACUAAAAUCUCGCACGCGACACCAAUUGCACAUCUUCUCUCCCAUUUCGAUGGAAAAAUCAGAAACAUUGUCCGCAAAGUUCUUGACAGGGCAAAACCAGAAGAAGUGCUGUGGAGGAUUGCGGAAGAAUGUUUCAAAGAAAGCUGUUUUCAGGGAAUUCUCAAUUCCGACGACUACUUCGUUCCACUCGGAGAGACUCAAAUGGGUUGGCAUUACGACUCAGACUGUGAGGAUGAAUUAUACUUUGAGAAUGAAGGCCGUCUCGAUUUGGACGAGGGCUAUGCAGAAUCUUGGCGCGAAAGGACGGAAAAGAGAAUCGAAGGCGAUAGGGAGAGAAGAGAAGGUUGGAGGGAUUUCUGGAUCCAAGUGCUGGACCAUACACUUGGAGGACCCACACUCUUCUAUCCCCGAGCGAACAAUAAUGUCAAACUCCCGGAAAUGCCCGCCGUACCGCCGUAUCUGUUUCGAACUUUUGAUAAGUGCAGCCAUAGACAGAUUGCCGAGAGUGCGAUAGCAUCGUCAGCAAGUCAUGAACCACGGAAAAACCAUAAAGAUCUUCUAGCCAUGGACAAAUUCAAUGCGGCAAAGUUGCUCUAUAACCAUUUCAACUGGCGUCACCAUGACAAGAGAGGCAAAGAAAUCAACUUGGCAUCUUGGACUAGCUCCCUCCCUUACGCCAUCCAAUAUGCGCUUUACAGGAGACAGGAUCACAAAGAUCAAAGACGAUUACUUCGCGAUGACGAAAUCAAGAUAUGCGUGAUUGAUACCAGGCGGUUUCCCAAAGGUCAAUUUGUGCGGGAUAUAGAACUGCUCAACGCAUACCAUGCCACUGCCGAGAUGAGCAGAGAUCGAGAAGUGCUCAGCCAUUUCAACUUUCGCCUGAAGACCGAAGCAUACCAUAACGGUGAAUAUCUGUCACAAGGCGCGGUGAAACUUGCAGGCCGGUUCUGCAUGGUUUCCUUGGAGCAACUAGAAAACGCAGGUCUGUUCAGACUGUAUCCAGAAUUCAGUGUUCAAACAUCGGGAAAAUGGGCAAAAGUGUUGUGUUAUCUGCGCGAACAAUGGCGCGAUGAGCAAGAAACUGCCAACGAAGACAUUGCAUGUGUUCUCAACAUUGCAUUGACCUGCUUCCAGCCCUUCAAUCUCCGCGAUAUGGUUUGCAUACUUUUGGCUUUUAGAAAUCGCAGACUAUCGAGCAACGUUACCCCUUCCGACUAUUCCAAGCCCCCCUCGUGGGCUGAGAAACCGGCCGAUGUCAAGCGAUACUGGCAACUACAUCAGACGCUGAAGACUUUGGAAAGGCGGAAUAUCGAUCACAGUGUCUUGCGUGGCAUCUUUGCGUAA